AUGGCCUGGCUGCUCUGCAUCACCUGUAUCCUGGUCUGCUGCCCGAACCUGCUGCAGGGCAAAGCUUCAGAGUACCAGCUGGAGUCAGAGACCCUCAGCCAAUGUGAGUUGCUAAGGGGUGUGGCCGUUGCCAAGCAACAAGAUGAUGCUCCUCACUGUGCCGAGGACGGCAGGUUCAGGCCUGUGCAGUGCAGUGGGCGGGGUCAGGAGUGUUGGUGCGUAGAUCCUGAAGGUCUGGAGAUGGUCGGGACUCGAACCAGCGGUUCUGCUCCUCACUGUCCGUCUCCCUGCCAGCUGCAGUCCGCCCUGCGUUGUGCUCCUUCAGGCCUCUUUGAGACCGUGCAGUGUGAGUCCAGCAGGGGGCAGUGUUGGUGCGUGGAUCAGGACGGCAUGGAGCUGUACGGGACCCGGCAGAGCGGGAGACCUGAGCGUUGUCCGGGAAGCUGUGAGGUGAGGUCGCGGCGUCUCCUCCACGGAUCCGGAUCACACUCUCCUCCUCAGUGCGCCGACGACGGCAGCUUCCUCCCCGUCCAGGUUCAGUUCAUCAACACCACCGACAGGAGGCCGCUGGACCUGCUGCACGCCUUCAACAGGUUCCCAGAAGCCUUCGAGACGUUCAGCAGCUUCAGGAAGUUCUUCCCCUCCAUGUCCUCGUACAGUUUCUGCUCCAACAGCCGAGGAAGAGAGACGGAGAACACAGGCGUGGAGCUCCUCCUCUCUGAGGUCUAUGACUCGGCGUUCUCCGGUCUCCGGUCUGGUCGCUCGUUCUCUCAGACGAACAUCUACAGAGUCCUGCAGAGGAGGAUGCUGGGAGUCCGCCUCGCCCUCACCGGACACUUCAGAUGCCCCUCCCCCUGUGAGGAGGAGCGGCGUGCGGCAGUGGAGGCAUCCAGUGUUUUCGUCCCGUCCUGUGAGAGCGGAGGAUCGUUCAGGUCCAGGCAGUGCCAGCAGGGGGGGCAGUGCUGGUGUGUGGACCCCGCAGGGAGAGAGGUUCCUGGGACACGACAGCAAGGAGACUCCCUGACCUGCAGUUCUGGUCUUGCUGACUGCCCCACUCAGCGUCGUCUGGCUCUGUCCCGGUUGUUCUCUGGUCCUGUUGAUCCUUCUUUCCAGGCCUCCUCUGUCAGACCUCGGUCUUCCUGCCUCCCCCUCCUCAGUCCUCUCAGGGAGCUCCUGCCCGUGGAGGUGGAUCCGUCCUCCUUCCUGUCUCACCUGGCUGAAGUCCUCCACGGUCUGUUCCCCUCAGUGGGCGGGGCUCUGCAGGCUCUGUCUCGCUCCUCACCUCGCCGCUUCCAGGAGAACUUGUUUGGAGGGAAGUUCCUGAAGAGCGCCGCCUCCUUUAACUUCAGCGGGGCGCUGGGAGCUCAGGGAGCGCUCGGUCUGGACCGGCUGUCCUCUCAAAACCUCAGCCUCAGGAAGAACCAGGACCUGGUCCUGUCCACCAGCAAGGCUCUGGAGGACCCGGCCUUCCUCUCUGCUCUCCAACACACACUGAGGGGACUGAGCAGCUCACACUCCACCUCACUGGACCAGGUUCUGACUCCUUUCCUGCGGUCCUGCUCCGGAGACGAGGUUGACGCUGAGACCGUCUUCAUCCCGAGCUGCACGCUCAGAGGAGAGUUCCAAGAGGUCCAGUGUGGGGGGGCCGACUGCUGGUGUGUGGACUCUCAGGGCCGGGAGAUGGAGGGGUCUCUUACCGCCGGAAGUCGACCCCGGUGUCCGUCCCUCUGUGAGAGACAGCGGGCGAUGGCCCUGAAGGUGAAGGGAAACAUGGCCGCCAGCGCUGAAAUCCACAUCCCAGCGUGCUCUGAGGACGGAGACUUCCUGCCGCUGCAGUGUGUGGGGUCACGAUGUUUCUGUGUGGACACCGAGGGGAGAACGAUGACUGCUGGGCCAACAGGGGGCGCUGUGACCUGUCCAGAGAGAAAAACACUGAAGCCUUCAGGUGGCUGCUCUCAGGUGUUAGCUGAGGUCACAGCUUUCAGACAGGAAGUGAAGAGCAUCAUCACUCUCUCUAACUCCACCCACCUCCCUCUCGGAUAUGGAUUCCUAUUGGCCGAAGGUUUGCGUCUGACCCCAGAGGAGCUCCAGAUCAGCCAAUCAGAGGAGGAGCUGCAGAUCACAGACAGGCUGCUGAGCCGCUCCAGAGCUGCUCUACGAUUGGCUGCUUUCUCCACCGUCCAGAUGUUUCUCCCUCCUCAGCGACGCUCCUACCAGCCGUUCACGCCAACCUGUGACGCCGACGGACUCUGGCUGCACACACAGUGUUACCACAGCACAGGUCAGUGUUGGUGCGUUGAUGAAGAUGGAGAGUUCAUCCCAAACACUCUGACCAGCCGCUCACUACAGCUGCCUCAAUGUCUGACCCGCUGUCAGAGAGCUCAGGCUCACACGCUGCUCUCUGGUUGGAUGAAAGGCUCUGACAUCACAAUGACAUCAUCUUACAGCCCACAGUGUGAGGAGGACGGACGCUUCUCCGUGCUGCAGAGAGGGGGCGCUGCAGGCUGGUGUGUGAACGCACUGACCGGAGAGACGAUGCAGGCGGCAACACCAAGUGCUGACGGACAACUGACAUGUCCCAGCUGGUGUGAGCUCAAAGGUUCUCAGUGUCGUCGUGACGGCUCCUUCAUCCCGCUGCAGUGUGAUGUCACUUCCUGUUGGUGUGUUUCUGAAGACGGACGGGAAGUGGGCGGGACCCGAACCCCUCGAGAGACAGGGAGCACGCCGUCAUGUGACCGUCCCCUGUGUCCCGCCGCCGUUACCCAUGGUGCACUGCUCUGCCACCCCGCAGUCGAUGCUCGUCAGAGCUGUGACCUCAUCUGUCACCAUGGUUACCAGAACUCACUUCCUGUCAGCAGCUUCCUGUGUGAGACGGAGAGCGGGCGAUGGGACGGAGAUGACAGACCUCUGAGGGGGGCGUGUCAGAUCUCUCAGCCUCUUCAGUCCGUCUCUUCCGCUCAGCUCUGGUCGUUGUCAUCAUCCUGCUCUCAGAUCAGCAGUUUACAGACUCUGAUGUUAAACAUGAUGAGGAGCCGAGGAGUCUGCUCUGCACAGCUCCCCUCAGGUCACUCUGUGUCAGUGUGUGACUCGUCGAUAGUGCGUCUGCAGUGUGACGGUGACGACACGUUGAAGGUAACGCUGCGAUUCAGCGCUGAGCUGUCCGACCUCCCGACCUUUGACCUCCCUGACCUCCAUGACGUCAGUUUGUUUAUGAAUGAGUCCAAACUCCUGGCGGGGGUGCAAGGAGUUCUGGGUAAUAUUCGCUCCAUGCUCACAUCAGAGCCCAAACUGGUUUCCCUGACAACCCCAACUUUCGGUUGUUCCAGUGGUUUCCACCCGGCCUCAGACGGGGACAGCUGCGUCGUGUGUCCCGCUGGGACGUUCUUCAGGGAGGGGGCGUGUCCUCUGUGUCCUCAGGGAACCUAUCAGGAUGAAGAGGGGCGGGACUUCUGCAACAGGUGUCUCAGAGGCUCCUCCCCUGCUGGAGCGUCAUCGGCCAAUCAGUGUGUAACAGAGUGUCAGAGGCGGGGCCUGCGGUGUUCGGAGGAAGGUGACUUCCUGCCAGCACAGCCUGACUUCCUCUCUGGCAGGUGGAGGUGUGUCAGCAGUGAGGGGGCGGAGCUUGAGUGGACAAGCAGUGAAAAACCUCUGACUGAUGACGAGUGCUCAGUUCUCAGCAAGUUUCAGCCUGUACCUGGAUCAGAUGUUACGGUCGGAGCUGAAGACUCAGAAGUCCUGCAAACGAUGACCUCUGACCUCACAUCCUGUGUCAAAGCGUGUGCAGCAGAACCGUCCUGCCACCAUGUGGCGCUGUUCAACAAGCAGACUCAGUGUGAACUGUACAGCACACACACACUGAACACACACUGCAACACCUCCCAGCAGACCGCUGGGUUCCUGGGUAACCCUCAGGCCGAGCUCUUUGAUUCGCUGAGCUGCUCGAUGAGAGUGAGGGGCGGAGCUUCAGACCUACUCGUCAUCAGGAAGAAAGGGGCGGAGUUCUCCUCGCUGCAGCAGGAGCAGCAGAGCUUCGUGAGGAUGACCAUGAAGAAGGCGCUCUCAGGUGUGUUCAGGACUCAGGUGUUCUCCUCGGCGCGGUCCUCUCUCUCUGACGCUCAUCGUUUCUGUCAGGACGGCUGCAGCCGGGACGCGUGCUGCGAGGGAUUCAUCCUGAACCAGAACACCCUGAACGGAGGUUCCCUGCUCUGUGGUUGGCUGAGAGCUCCGUCCGUCUUGAUGUGCGGGGAGGAGGACUGGGAUGUGACCGGACAGGGGACGGCCAAUCGUAUCUGUGGGGCGGGGCUUACCUACAGCGAGCAGCAGAAGAACUUCCUGUUCGACUUCGGAGGACAGACGUUCACAAUCAAUGAGUCUGCUCUGCCCGCCGACAGUAAGAACAAAAAGGACUACCAGGCCUCCAUCAUCAGCUUCCAGUCCGUCUACCUGAACACAGGGUCAGCAGCUGGUGGUUCUGGUUCCUGUGCAGCAGCAGAUCCCGGACCUCUUCUGGACGUCUCAGUUCAGCAGAAGUUUGAGUCUCUGUCGGAGGACGACGUCCUCGUGGACCCUCAGAGGAAACUCUCCAUGCUCUCCUUCUGGCUCAACAAGAACAACUACAACUCCCAGCAGGCUUUGCUCUGGUGCCUUACACGUUGUGACUCCGAGCCGCUCUGCUCCACCUCUGACCUCAGGGACUCGGACUCUCCUGGGUUCUUCAGCUGCUCGUUGUUUCCUGACAGCAGAGUCUGUGGAGCGUACGACAAACCUCUGAGGCGGCCCUGUCGCCACCUGCUGGACAGAACGCCACGCAACACCUACAGCAAGAAGGUGGAUCUGUCUGGAGCAGUAAAGAGUUUCUAUGAGAGAGUUUCCUUCCAGAAGAUGGUUUCUUACUCCGUACGCAGCCGAGUCAGCGUGUCAGGAAGCACAUCGCUGUCUGACGGGUUCAGGGAGUGUGAGCGGCGCUGUGAUGAAGAUCCUUGUUGCCGUGGUAUCGGAUUCGUCCGAGACACCAAAUCACCAGGUGGUUCAGGCGUGGUGUGUCUGUCUCUGAUCAGUCUCGGGAUCCAGACCUGCGGUGAGGACGACAUGACCACCUGGAGGAGUCAGGACUGCAAACCGUCCGUAGUGAAGACCUCACCGGACCCCU